AUGGCUAGCAGCAAAGAGUCUUCUAAAAACGGUGAAGCCCAAUCGUUUACUCUAUUUAGCCUGCUGCCGACCGAACUACGAUUGCAAAUAUGGGAACAGGCGACCAUAUCAAUAUUACCCCGCUUGGUUCUUCUUGAACCAAAGCAGCUUUCGAUCCCACGCUACGAAAAUAGUCCAGCUCAACAGGUUGCUCCAAAAUGGGGGUUUAGAUCUUAUUGUCAACUUCCGGGGGCAUUAACCGCGUGUCGAGAGUCUUUUGAGGUAACCUCCAAGUAUUAUCAGCGAUCGUUUGGGACUGGGCAAGCCUGUCCCCAGACUUGGUUCAACUUCGAACGAGAUUAUUUAUACCUAAAAGCGCCUAGUUGGAGGGAUCCACUGAACCCUAAAGUGCAAUUGUCCUACCAGGCAAUGUUGGAUAGCUUGAGUCUAGAAGAACGACGCAAGAUUCAACACCUCGUGUUAAGCGACUAUCUGGAUAUACUACCCGAUAAUAUAAUCAACCCAACGAGAGAUGAGGCCCUUUUGGAAGUCAUAAAGUCAUUUGAGCACGUCAAAGGAGUGUAUCCGGUCUAUUUAGAUGGCUGGACUCCAAAAGAUCUAGAAAAGGGAACGCAGUUAAUACUUCGGUAUCCACCUGACAGAGAUCUGGUCGUUCGCCAUCUCUUUAAGGCACAGUAUCGCCACGACAAGUAUUGUGCCUGUUUCAAUCGGAUCGUCGAUCAGUGGGAGAAAUUUCGUGGCGGCCUGUUACGCAACCCCGAAAUGUUGGACAGAAAGCUGGCGAUCCUUUAUCCCAAAACCAAGCCUAAGGUCAGGCAAAUGAUGGUACUCACAGGCCACUUUUACACCAUAUUCAGCGAGGCUAGAAAACCUUACAAUAGUCGUGCAUCCGGGCCCUGGAGGGAUUACAUUCCUAGCAGUGAACAGUGGCCACCUACACGCACCAUUUGA